AUGACAUCAAACCAUCCGCAAAUGCUGAACAUAAAGAUAAACGGCGUAUCAACCGAACAUGCGUUGAAUGUGCGACCGUUGGAUCUGUGCACAAAGGGCGACGUGGUCUGCUCGGUCGAUGGAAAACUGUGCGAUAUGAUUGUUCCAAUGGCAAAGGACUGUACGCUCAGAUUUUACACUUUUAACGAUAAGGCUGGCAGGGAGGUGUUCUGGCACUCAUGUGCACAUGUCCUGGGCGCAGCCAUUCUCGAACAUUGCCCGGAUGCUAGGUUGGUCAGCGGUCCACCAACCGAGAACGGAUUUUACUACGAUGUGGAGGUUGACAGACCGUUCACCGAAAAGGAUGUACGUGAUAUCGAGGAGCGUGCUCAACGCAUAAUCAAGGAGGGAAAAUCUUUUAAGCGUAUUUGGAUGGAAAAGGACGCAUUACUGCAGUUUUAUGCGCACAACGAAUUUAAGCGUUAUUUUGUUGAACGAGCGACUAAAGGUUGCUGCUCGUGCUACGAGAUGGGCACGUUCAUCGAUUUCUGCAACGGCCCGCACGUACACAACACGCGUGUCAUAAAAACUUUUGAGAUCACAAAAAUGGGUGCGUCGUAUUUCCUUGGCGACAAGGACAGGCCAAGCCUGCAGAGGCUUUACGGUGUUGCGUUUCCCUCAAAGGCACAACGCAAUGAGUACUUCGCAUUCAUCGAAGAGGCUAAGAGGCGCAAUCACAAAGUAAUCGGUCAGGAGUACGAUUUGUUCUGGUUCAGUGAACUGAGUCCUGGCAGCGCCUUUUUCAUAGAAGGCGCGUUUAUUUACAAUGCAUUGAUGAAUUUCAUGCGCCGUGAGUAUCGCAAGCGGAACUUCACGGAGGUGAUCACACCGAACAUGUUCAUGACAAAGCUGUGGGAGACGAGCGGGCACCUCCAGAACUACAAGGAUGACAUGUUCGUGCUCACGGUCGAUAAGAACGAAUGGGCGCUCAAGCCGAUGAACUGCCCCGGGCAUUGCCUGCUAUACGCACGCACAGCGCGCAGCUUCCGCGAGCUGCCGAUCCGCAUGGCCGACUUCGGCGUACUGCACCGCAACGAACUGAGCGGCACACUCAGCGGUCUCACACGUGUCAGGCGCUUCCAGCAGGAUGAUGCACAUGUGUUCUGCUUGCUCGAACAGGUCGAGCAGGAGAUUUUGCAUAAUCUUGAAUUCAUGCGCCAUAUCUAUGCGGUUCUUGGUUUUGAGUUCGAGCUCACACUGAGCACGCGACCGGAGAAAUAUCUCGGUGAGAGGAAGGACUGGGAUGUUGCGGAAGAGUACCUGAGACGGGCGCUGCACACAUUUGGACGUGAGUACACGGUAAAUGAGGGCGAUGGUGCGUUCUAUGGGCCAAAGAUCGAUGUAAUUCUCCUUGAUGCACUCAAGCGGCGGCACCAGUGCGCAACCAUCCAGCUCGACUUUCAACUGCCAAUCCGCUUUAACCUGCAAUGCAAGACGAGUGACGGCACAGUAAGGCCUGUCAUGAUACACCGUGCCCUUCUCGGCAGUAUUGAGCGCUUCAUCGGUAUACUCAUUGAGAACUACGGCAUAAAACUGCCGUUCUGGCUAUCGCCCAGGCAGAUUGCCGUUGUGCCCGUGAGCAACGCGCUGUCCGCGUAUGCAAAGCACGUCCGUGACGUUCUUCUUGACUACGAAGUGCGGGUGUACGACAGCGAAUUAACGCUCAGCAAAAGAAUCAGGAAUGCAGAAACGGAUGGGUAUGCCGUAGUUCUGGUGGUGGGCGAGAAGGAAAAGGAAGAGAAUGCGGUGAUGGUCAGAAAGUGCAACCUUAAAAUGAACCUUGACAUGUUCAGAGACAAAGUGGAGAAAGGAGUGAAAGAAUAUGUCAAGGAUAUUCAUGCAGUGUUGCAGGACAUUUAA